AACAGCUGUCUUUUCCCCUCACACAAGGGAGAUCUCAUUUUGCUUGAGAUUGUAUGCAGUUGAAACCACGCCACAUACCAAAGAGAGGGUAUGAUGGCUAAGAAGCCCCCUAAACCAGCCCCUCGCAGGAUCUUCCAAGAAAGGUUAAAAAUUACCGCUCUACCCUUGUACUUUGAAGGUUUUUUAUUAGUCAAGCGGCCAGAAUACCAGGAGUUUAAACAUUAUUGGACAGAAUUGAGAGGAACUACACUUUUCUUUUACACUGACAAAAAAACUACAGUUUAUAUUGACAAAUUAGACAUAAUAGAUCUUACUUGCCUUACUGAUCAGAAUUCAACUGAAAAGAAUUGUGCAAAAUUCACCCUUGUUUUGCCAAAAGAGGAAGUGCAACUGAAGACAGAGAACACAGAAAGUGGGGAAGAAUGGAGAGGCUUCAUUCUUACAGUAACAGAGCUGUCAGUUCCCCAGCACGUGUCACUCCUACCUGGGCAAGUAAUUAGACUGCAUGAAGUCCUAGAAAGAGAAAAGAAAAGGAGGGUUGAGACAGAGCGGAUACCUAGUACAUCUGUUGAAACAGAGAAGAAAACAAUUGAAGAUUAUGUGGAUGUACUGAAUCCUAUGCCAGCAUGUUUUUAUACAGUGUCCCGAAAAGAAGCAACUGAGAUGUUAGAGAAGAAUCCAUCACUGGGAAAUAUGAUCCUGAGGCCUGGCAGUGAUUGUAGAAACUACUCCAUCACUAUCCGGCAAGAGGCAGACAUGCCAAAAGUCAAGCACUACAAAGUGAUGAGCAUAGGAAAAAACUACACUAUUGAACUGGAAAAACCUGUGACACUCCCAAAUCUUUUCAGUGUCAUUGAUUAUUUUGUGAAGGAGACUCGAGGAAAUUUAAGACCAUUUAUAUAUUCAACUGAUGAAAACUUUGGUAUGUUCUUCAUUUCACUGCUAUGUUAA